UUACAGCAGUAGGGCGAAUUCAGGUAGGAUUGGGACAUUUGGAUAGUCACAUCAGUGUCAAAAGUGGCCCAAUUUACCUAAGUUCACCUUUUUUUGGCAUCGUGCGCGUUCCUUGUCUACUGAGUAUGACGCGGCAUGCUGUCCAGUGAGGCAGCUCACUAGGUUUUGAGUCACUCACAGCCGGUGCAUUUAAUGAAAUUGUAGGUGUCAGGGGAGAUGCUGCACGCGUGAGACACCGAGCGUCAAGCAUCACGGACUUUUCAAGCUCAAUCUCGCAAAACUUUGAUUUCCGUCGGAAUAUUUUAAGGAUAAAGGUUACACAUGGAUGAUACGGAGAUAACUCCUGAAGUAUUAGAGCAAUUAUUGCAGUUGUACAACCUUACUCGUCAAGAGUUUAUUAAAACGUACAAGAUACAGCCACUGGUUUACAUCCCCGAGUUACCGUCCAGCGCCAAAACUAUAUUUAUAAUUGUGUACACGGUGAUUUUUCUCCUGGCUCUCGUUGGGAACAGUCUGGUUGUCUAUAUUGUGUUAAGAAAGCGAGGGAUCCAGACUGCAACAAAUAUUUUCAUCUGCUCUCUCGCCGUCAGCGACCUCCUCAUAUCUUUCUUCUGCAUCCCAUUCACAUUGCUGCAGAAUAUCUCCUCUGAGUGGUUUGGCGGUGUGUUGGUGUGCAAAACAGUCCCUUUUGUCCAGACCACUGCCAUAGUAACUGGCAUUCUGACUAUGACCUGUAUCGCGGCGGAGAGAUACCAGGGAAUUGUGCACCCUCUGAAAAUAAAAAGACAGUGCACACCACAAAGAGCAUACAGAAUGCUGGGGGUUGUUUGGAUUGCAGCCAUGACAGUUGGGUCCCCAAUGCUGUUUGUGCAACAAUUGGAGGUGAAAUAUGAUUUCCUAUAUCAGGUCCAUCAUGUAUGCUGUCAGGAACGCUGGAGCUCAAAUGCCCGCAGGAAGCACUAUGCUACAUUCAUUCUAGUGUUCCUUUUCCUCCUACCCCUUGCUGCAAUGCUACUAAUCUACACCAGAAUAGCCAUUAAGCUCUGGAUUUGCAAACAAAUUGGGGAUUCCUCAGUGGUAAAUGCCAUGAACCACAGGGAGGUCAGCAAAAUAUCCAGAAAGAAGCGACGAGCAAUCAAGAUGAUGGUCACCAUCGUUGUGUUGUUUACUGUAUGCUGGGCCCCUUUUCAUACAGUGCACAUGCUGUUUGAGCACAGUUAUCUGGGGAAAAAGUAUGACGAAAUCACAGUCAAUAUGAUUAUUGCUGUCACACAGGCUAUAGGGUUUUCAAAUUCGUUCAACAAUCCUAUUAUCUACGCUUUCAUGAACGAAAACUUUCAAAAGAACUGCAAGUCCACCAUUUCGUUUUGCAUUAGGAGGUCCAAUCAUCGCGUGGAUGUGACGGACAAAUCAAAAGUAAAUUUCUCGAAAUCUCCCAGACAGAAUGAAGAAAUCUUUGUGCUGCCCAGGAUACAUAUAGUCGACCAUGUCACAUCUGCAAAGUCCAACACACAGGAAACUCUAUCCUAGAUGAUUUCUGUUAAGGAAAGUAAGAUGCAUGCAAGAUGUAUUAAAAAAAUUAGAUCACUAUGUAACAAACCUUAUUCCAAAAGACCAUUAAAAUGGAAACCAUUACAAAUGUGUGUUAAGUCAUUGAUGCAUAAUGUAAUGCCUGCAAUUGCACAAUUUGUUGACCCUAAAGUCAUUAUUAGUGAUUUAAAGGGAUAGUUCACCCAAAAAAAAUGAAAAUUCUUUCAUCAUUUACUCAUCCUUAUAUUGUUACAAACCUAUUUCUUUUUUCUGAUGAACACAAAGGAAU